AUGCUCACUCCUCGUGGAAUAGUUGAGUCAGUUGGAUCAACAGUACAAGAUGCACCAUUCCUUACCCUCCUAGCCGCAUUUGUACACCUCUACUUACUUCCAAUCAUCGUGACACCUUUUGCAGCGACUCCACUCAUUUUUAGCCAAGUUGUGCUUGUGACGACAAAACUCUCUGAUGACGCUGCAGCAGCACCAGCAGCAGCAGCAGUAGAAGUAGCAGCCGCAGCCAGUGACACUACAAAUGAUGAUUGA